UGCUUCGAGUAGAGAGCAACCAGUCCAGUUUUCUCUGAGCACACGAAUGAACUUUACAAACACCGAUGAAGUACGCAAACCUCAAGUGUUCCCUCAAUCGAGAUAUGGUAGCUUACCCAAGAAAUUCUUAGGUUUCAAAAAUAAACCACAUUACUUAAAAUUCUACGCUGAUGACGCUUUGCCUAAAGUAGCACCAAAAGGGGCACAACAAAAAUUCUUCGAAAGCUCAUCACCACAAUCUGAAUACAUCCAACAUAGCCAACCAAAGGAGAUAACCCAACGCCUAUCAAAACACAUUAUCGAGAGCAAAACUGAAAAGAAAAUUUUACCCAGACAACCACUGCCACCAAUCUUUGAUAGCGAAAGUGAAGCAGUUGUACCACGUUUGAGUUAUAUUAAACCUAUUGCAGAGGCCAACAGUUCUGAGGAGGACGAUGAGGAAGAAUCAGAGAAGAUUGUUGAAGUGGUCAAACCAACAAAGACGAAGAAGGCUAAAUCUGUGAAACCAAAAUUGGGUGCCUUGACCGAUGGUAAACAGAGAGUGGAAUUCCAAAUGCACGGUCAUGAUGGUCCACAGAGCUACAAAUUUGGAUAUGACACUGGCAAAGGAAGCAGUCGUCAAUUUAGAUUCGAAGAACGAGACAACGAUGGAUUAGUCAGGGGUCACUAUGGAUUCUUUGAUGAAGAUGGAAAAAUGCAUGUUAUUAAAUAUAGAGCGUCAGCUGAUGAUGGUUUUAGAACCGAUGAAUAAUUUAUAAAUUAAUAUUUUGAUUUCAUUAUUUUUAAAUCUUCCAAAAGCCUUUUUUUGACUUAGUGGAGAAUGCAUUUUUUUCAAUUACGGACACAGAAAAAUUGGAUAUUCAAUA